AUGGACUUUCACGCCGUCUAUAAACUUUUUAGUACCACUUAUCAUCCGGACCCGAAUAUCCAGAAACAAGCUGAAGUGCAAUUAAAACAGGUUGAGGCGACUCCAGGUUUUAUUGCCGUGCUUCUUCAAAUACUUACCUCUCAGGGAACCGAGCUCACAACAAUACAAGCUAGUAUGGUUCAGCUCAUCGAUUCAUUGGGUAGAGUUCUUUCCAACGAUUAUCCCGGAAAAUGGCCGGAUUUUAUGAAUCAGGUGCAUACUCUUUUGUCAUCCAAUAAUUUGAGUAACGUGUAUGUUGGACUAUUGGCUUUACGGCAGCUCGUUAAAGUAUACCAAUGGAAGGCUAGUGAAAGUAAUGUGCCCCUCUUGGAAAUAGUUCACCAAACGUUCCCAGUUAUAUUACAAAUAGCACAGCGUCUGCUUAAUGAAGUUAGCUUGGAGGCUGCUGAAAUGUUACGAAUUAUAGUCAAGAUUUACUAUUCUGCAACUCAAUAUGAACUCCAUGAACCGCUGCAAGAAAAUUCUUCCAUUGUACCUUGGAUGACUCUGAUGUUACAAUUAUUUGAAAAGCGCAUUCCCGAUGAGAUAAUACCUUCAGAUAAAGAUGAACGACAGAGGUUCAUCUGGUAUAGGACUCAGAGAUGGGCGUGCAGAAAUUUAAAUAGGAUUUUUUCCAGAUACGGAAACCCCGCUCAGCUUGCCGCUUCUUCUACAAAAUAUACCGCAUUUGCAGAGAAUUUUAUACAUCAUUUUGGCCCACAGAUUCUGCGGGAAUAUCUCCGACAGAUUGAACUAUGGGUUAAACAUGAAAUAUGGUUAAGCGAUAAAAUCCUUUAUCUUUGCUCGGACUUCUUUAAAGACGCCGAGAUGCUGGUUGCUCAGUUUAUAUUUCCGCAAUUAUGUUUUUCAGAUGAAGAUGAAGAAUUGUGGGUUGAUGAUCCUGUUGAAUAUAUACACAAGAGGAUGGAUCUCUUGGAGGAUUUUACGUUACCGUCUGUGGCAGCCGUUACUUUCCUGAUGGACUUGGCGCGACACAGGAAAAAGUUCACGUUUAUGGGUAUUAUGGGAUUCGUUAACAGCGUGCUCACAACCUAUCAUUCGGCUCCCCCCGAAGAGAAAAAUCCACGGCAGAAAGAUGGGGCUCUUAAGAUGAUUGGCUGCCUGUCCGAUAUGGUCUUACGUAAGAAGUUUGGGGUAGCACACCUGAUGGAAGGUUUUUUCACGACACACGUUUUUCCAGAGUUUCAAAGUCAAUACCCUUAUUUGAGAGCAAGAGCGUGCGAUAUGUUGGUAAAAUUUGAAGAACUAGAUUUUGAACACGAGUCUAGCCUCGCCACAGCAUAUCAAGGUGUCACAACUUUGCGCGAAGCGAUAAUUCCAAAUCUACCUACGAUCAUGCAAGAGCUUCUUGACCUUACGAAUCAAAUUGACAGUGACACUCUUUCCACGGUGAUGGAAGAUUUUGUUGAAGUUUUUGCCGAAGAGUUAAGUCCUUUUGCUAUUCAAUUGUGCGAACAACUGAGAGAUACUUUUCUUCGGAUAAUGCAAGACUUCCAAGAUGCUCCGGCGUCUUCGGGAAAAGAAGAAACACAUGAUUCUUUCGGGGACAUGGAGAUCAACGAAAAAACCAUGGCCGCCACAGGCGUGCUCAAGACCAUUACCACUUUGAUCCUAAAUCUAGAGAGUACGCCUGAAGUUUCGGCUCAACUGGAGAAUGCGCUCUUACCUAUCAUUACUUUUACGCUAAAGAACACAAUUGCCGAGUUAUAUGAUGACGUGUUCGAUAUUAUUGAUUGUUGCACCUUCUCUACUAAACAAAUUUCUACCACGAUGUGGGGGAUCUUCGAAUUGAUUUACAAUACCUUCAAGGGAGAUGGCACCGAAUCUGGAAUUGAUUAUAUUGAAGAGAUGCUUCCUUCCUUGGAUAAUUAUAUGUCUUACGGCACCGAUGUGUUUUUGGGAAAUCCCCAUUACCAUUCUAUGAUAUAUGAUAUUAUUGAUACUGUUAUGAAAAGUGAUCGCCUUGGUGAAAAUGAACGUAUUUGUGCCUGCAAGCUAAUCGAAUCAAUGUUGCUGAAUUGUCGUGGAUAUGUUGAUCAGUACGUCAAGCCAUUCCUUGACUUUGCACUUCACUAUUUGUCCGAUGUCAAAAAAAUUACCACUUUACCUUACAAGAUUUAUUGUCUCGAGGCCGUGAUAAAUUGUCUUUAUUACAAUCCCCGUAUCACCAUUCAACACCUUGAAGAGCGCGGAAUGACCCAAAUAUUCUUUGAACUGUGGUUUGGAAACAUCAGCAAGUUUUCGCGAGUUCACGACAAAAAACUUGUCAUUAUCGCCCUUUGUACCUUGAUCGAAUUACCGAUAGAACAAUUACCGCACGCUUUGCAAGCCGGUUGGCCGCAAGUGCUAGAUGGCAUUCUAACUGUCUUUAAAUCAUUACCAAAGGCUGAAGAGAACCGGGAACGCAUGGAUAAAUUUGGUUCGGAGGACGACGACUAUGCCGAUGAGUUCGAUGCCUCGGAAUUCAAUGAUGCUGAUGACGAGGACCGAGAUGAUGAAAAUAUACAGGACGAAGAUACAAAAUAUUUGGAGUUUUUAGCGCAGGAGGCUGCCAAGAAGAAUCCAGAUUGUGAAGACGAAGAUGAUGAUGCACUGGAGGAAGAUAUCAUAUACGAAUCACCCUUGGAUAAAUUGGAUGUUUACACGAAAUUUCACGAAACUUUUAUUGGUGUUCAACAACAUUAUCCAACGUCGUAUUCUCUCCUCACGAAAAACCUCGAUCAAGAAAAACAAAACUACAUUAUUUCCUUAUUUGAGAAGGCAGGACAACAAAAGAUUAACGAAAAUGGUUCCGAAUAA